GAAAAGAAAAGCGGAGGAAGAGAGAGAGAGAGAGAGAGAGAGAGAGAGAGAGAGAGGAGGAGGAGGAGAGGGGAUGCAUCUCUACAACGCAUGGCUACCGCCGAUGGUGGCAGAGGAGACGAAGAAGGAGGCGGAGUCCUUCGCAUCGGUGGUGCGAUCGGUGAAGGGUUCGUGGCGCCCUGACGAUCCCAACUCCGUCUACGACACCCUCAAGUGGAUCCCAAUCAUCGAUCUUUUUUUAAAAGCUAAGAGUGAUAUAUCUCCUGGAGAUGUGAAAAACCUUGUGGAGUUUGGGUUGGAAUUAUUUCAUGCAUCACAAGGCAAAUUGUAUCCUCAGGUUAUGUGGGGACGUAUCUUAAUCACACUUCUGAAGAAGCAUGGGAAAAGGUUGUCAAUUGAUAUUCACUGGAGACCGUUUUAUGACAAUUUGAUGCUUACGCACUUUAAGAGAAACACAGGACCCGAAGGGUGGAGAUUGAAACAAAAGCACAUAGAAACUGUCACUUCCCUUGUUCAAUCUUGUCGAAAGUUUUUCCCUGCAGGUUCUUCUUCUGAGAUAUGGUCGGAAUUCAGGCCUUUUUUGGACAAUCCAUGGCACUACUCAGCUUUCGAAGGUUCUGGGUUUCUAAGGCUGUUUCUUACCAUGAACUCGGAGAAUCAGAAUUACUUUACCGGAGACUGGGUGGAAAAGAGCCUUAAUAUAUGGGACUCUAUGCCAAAUUGUCAGUUUUGGGAUAUUCAGUGGGCUUCUAUUAUUGCUCGAUGCAUAAAAAACUGCAAAUCAAUUGAUUGGGAAGGUUUUCUGCCAACACUUUUUACAAAAUAUUUAAACAUGUUCGAGGUUCCUGUCUCAAAUGGAGUAGAAUCGUAUUCUUUCCCUAUAUAUGUUCCUUGGAGUGUGAGAUUCUUGUUUUCAAGCAACAUGCGGACACCUUGUAAGGCUAUAGCAAAGUCAAUUGUUUAUCUCCUGAAGCCUCAGGGUUCGGCUCAAGAAUACUUUGAGAGAUUAGCAAAUCUAUUAGAACAAUAUUACCAUCCUUCUAAUGAAGGUCACUGGACUGACUCAUUGACGUACUUCUUGUGGCAUUUAGUAAUUACUUUCCAGAAACGCCUUCAGCAUGAGCUGCAUAACACAAAUAAUUGCAUUCCGGAGGAAUUUUGUUUGGGGAAGUUGGAACGAGCUUCUUUUGUGAAUGUGGUACUAAAGUUGAUUGCUCAUGGUCAGUAUAGCAAGGAUGAGGAUCUUUCUGAUACAGUUACUUUCGUCACUUCAAUUUUGUCAUAUGUGGAGCCUUCUUUGGUUCUUCCGUUCAUCGCAUCUAGGUUUGAGAUGGCCUUACAAACAAUGACAGCAACUCACCAGUUGAAAACUGCUCUGACAUCAGUUGCCUUUGCUGGUCGUGCAAUUUUUCUUGUUUCCACUUUUGCCCAGACUGAUAAGUGUGACACUGCUGAUGUUUCGUUGGCUCUUGUACUUAACUCACUGUCCAAUGCAUUGCUUGGCAUAGAUGCCAAUGAUCCUCCAAAAACGCUAGCUUCCAUGCAGUUGAUUUGUUCCAUAUAUUCGAGUUUAACUAUAAUUGGAAGCAGUGAUAGUGAGCCUGUAUUCCAGCAAACUAUCAGCUUAUCUGAAUGGUUGGAUUGCUUCUUUUCUCGCUUAUUUUCCCUGCUACGUCAUGCAGAAUCAACCGGUGUUAUCAAUGAUGUUCUCCCGAGUUCGACCAUGGAAGAAACAUUUCUUAUUGAAGAUGAUCCUUACUACUUCUGCAUGCUUGAAAUUCUUCUUGGGAAGUUAUCUAAAGUUCUUUUUAAUCAGUCACUGGAGAAAAUUUCCAAGUUCGUCAACACAAAUAUCCUUCCAGGAGCUACAAAGGAGGUUGGACUUCUCUGUUGUGCCUGUGUAAAAUCUAAGCCAGAAGAGGCUGCAACCUACCUUAUUAAACCGAUAUUGGAGACCAUAACCUCGUCCUUGAGAGGGACACCUAUUUCAGGUUUGUGGGGAAGCACCACAUCUGAUACUUCAUCUUUUGCAAAGGCUGCUCUUUCACCAACUCUGGAAAUUGUCGCAGAAUACCUUCUAAAAGUUUUAGCCAGAGCCAUUAGAUUUGCAGGAACUGUGCUACUUCAUUACCGGGAGGAACUAAAAGAAGCAAUUGCACUUGCAUUUCAGGCUCCUUCGUGGAAGGUUAAUGUAGCUGGUGGUCACGUUCUUUGCUCUCUUCUUGGUAGCUUGGUGCUCUAUUACCCAGUCAAUCAGUUCAUGCCUUUACUUUGUCAGCCUGCUAGUGCUGCUUUUGAACCAUGGGGAUGCUCAAAAGAUUACAAUGUUGGAAGAAAUGAACCACUUAAUCUCCCCCCAAAAUGGCAUAUUUCUAGUCAAGAUGAGCUCUCUUUUGCAAAUGAACUCUUAGAGCUUCAUUUUCAGUCUGCUUUGGAUGAUCUUUCUAGGAUUUGUGAGACAAGAAUCCAUACUAAUGCAGGAACUGAGAAGGAACACUUGAAAAUCACGCUGUUGCGCAUUAAAUCUUCACUACAGGGUGUAAUGUCAUGCUUGCCAGAUAUGCGCCCAUGCGACAAAAGAACUGGCGUCAUAACUGUGGAGCAUAGUUACUUUGUAAUUGCUGGGGCAGUUGGUUCCUCUGUUGGUAGUCCAGAAUUACGGGAAAGAGCUGCUAAUAUUAUACACCAGUCUUGCAAGUUUUUACUGGAACAAAGAGCUGAUGACAGCAUUCUUCUCAUCCUUAUUAUACGUGUCAUAGAUGCAUUGGGGAAUUUUGGAAGCUUUGAAUAUGAAGAAUGGCUAGACUACAUUCAAGACCACAAUCUAAAUUCUGCUGUCAUUACUGAGCCGCCAUGUAAUUUCAUUGUUUCUUCUCAUGCUCAAGGGAAAAAAUGGCCCAGGUGGGCGUUUGUUGACAAAUCAUACAUGCACAACAUGUGGCGAUCUUCACAGUCAUCUUAUCACAAAUUUUGUUUAGAUUCUGACAUUGUCCCAUCUCAGAAUAUGAAUCUCCUGAUGGAGAACCUUCUGGAUCUCGCAUUGCACAGCUAUGAAAGAGUUCGCUUGCUUGCUGGAAGAUCUCUUUCACGGAUGCUUAAACGAUGCCCAUCAUUCAUUGCUAGUUCUGUUCUCACAUUGAUUGGGAACUUAAAUGAUCCAAAGGUUCCAGAACAUGUAGUUCUAGGUUCUUGCAGACUUCUCGAAAAACAGAAUUUUCUUAAUCACUUGACAAUGGAGGAUGCUAAACUGUUCCCUUCGUUUAUCCAGAGUCUUUUGGCAAGCUCCCAUUUCGAAUCACUGAAGGCUCAAAAAGCUGUUAUUAAGCUGUUCUUAGCAUUUAACAAGCACUUUUCGGUGAUAUCAAGGAGCUUUUUCAAGACUUCAGAUGCUCAAUCACGUGAUUCAAGAAUUGCAGAUUUGGUUUCUCAGAUCAGUUUGCUGAGUUCUGGCACAACUGGACGACAUUGGCGGUAUAAUUUGAUGGCCAACAGAGUACUGCUCUUGCUAACUUUAUCUUCUAGGAAUCAUUCAUCUUUGACCUCAAAUAUGCUCGGGGAAGCUGUUGGACAUUUUUUGAGGGAUUUGAAAAGUAAGCUUCCUCAUUCAAGGAUACUUGCAAUCUCUGCAUUGAAUGCCCUGUUAGAAGGAACACGAUGUCAAGAUUCAAGUCAGGAUGAGCAGUUUUACUUUUACCAUAACAAACAACUUGGUAAUUCAUCCAUUGGAAGAAUAUUGAAUCAGAUAAUACAGGAGGAGGGACUCUUAAGUGAGGCACUAAACAGUCUCUCCCUUUUACAUAUUGAUGAUGAUAGUGAGACUUCUGCUUCUAAAGGAUAUAUAGAAUCUUCGUUCUUUCAGAGUGUGACUGAUGAAGAACUAACUUCAUUCUACUUUGACUUCCUGGCACAAUGGCCACGUACCCCAUGUUGGAUACCUUUUCCAGGAGUUGAUAAAUUUCACCCCAACUUUGCAAGAAUAUUUCAGCGGCUUGCACAAGAAUGUGGAACACCAAUUUUGCAUGCUCUUAUGAAUAUCAUAGAACAAUUUUCUAGUGCGAAAGAGAGAUCAAAGCAGUCAGUUGCUGCUGAAGUCUUGGCUGGGAUACUUCACUCAGAUGUUAGUGGUCUUCCUGGAGCGUGGGAUAGUUGGAUGAUGCUUCAGCUGCAGAAAAUUAUGGUAGCACCAUCUUUGGAAUCAAUUCCAGAAUGGGCAUCUUGUAUUCAAUAUGCAGUCACAGGAAAAGGAAAAAAUGGCACCCAAAUUCCUGUUUUAAGGCAGAGAAUUUUUAAUUGUUUAGAAAAAACUUCAGCUCAAUCUGCCUCAACCAGUGCAAUAGUGGCUAGGAGGUAUUUUUUCCUUUCAGUUGCACUUACUGAAAUCUCUCCACCUACAAUGCCUGUUGAAGAGUUCCAAUACCACAAAGAACUUCUCAAGGAAUUGCUUUGUAAUAUGAGCCAUUCAUCUGCCAAGGUCAGGGAAUCUGUUGGUACUACACUAUCUAUAAUAUGUUCAAACAUGCGUCUUUUUGCAUUAUUUGGGGAUAAGCACUUAAAAGAAGCUGCAGAGGACAUUAACAUGGUUGAACCACCUGAGAAGGAAAAUUGGGCUAAAAUUUUGAUGGAGGGAACUUUUGAGUUGUCUAAAAAUAUAAUUGCUAAUUUACAUACUAAGGCAAAUAGUGAUUCAAGUCAUGGAAUCAUGAAUACGGCGGUGGAGGCUGAUAUUAGAAGGAUGGAGACGAUAUUCCAUUUUAUUAUUUCAUCUCUGAAGUCUGGGAGAUCUUCCUUUUUGUUGGACAUACUUGUUGGAAACCUUUAUCCCAUUCUUUCUUUGCAGGAUAUAUCAAAUAAAGAUUUGUCCGCAUUGGCUAAAGCUGCUUUUAAGUUACUAAGCUGGAGAAUUCUACCACGGCCUUUUUUGGAACGUUUUGUUUCAGUGAUCCUUUCUUCAAUCAAUGAUUCUAAUUGGAGAACUCGAUAUGAAUCUAUCACUUUUCUUGGUAUCUUUAUGUACAGGCACACUUUCACUCUAUCUAGAUUGGAAAAAUCACAAAUAUGGCAGAACAUUGAGAAGCUACUUGUUGACAAACAAGUUGAGGUGAGAGAGCAUGCUGCAUUAAUUCUUGCAAGCUUAAUGAAGGGCGGAGACCGUGAUCUAUAUAGGGAGUUUCGUGAUCGAUCAUAUGCCAAAGCACAAUCAGUUAUGCAGAAGGGAAAACCGAGAAAAACUUCUCAUCAUUCGGUAGCUUCUAUACAUGGUGUGGUCCUUGCUCUCGCUGCUUCAAUACUAUCAGUUCCAUAUGAUAUGCCCAGCUGGCUACCCAAUCAUGUAACCUUGCUAGCCCAAUUUGUUGAUGAACCUUACCCCACCAGAUCAACAGUUACCAAAACGGUUGCAGAGUUCCGGAGAACGCAUGCAGAUACUUGGGACAUUCAAAAGCAUGUAUUCACAGAAGAGCAACUUGAGGUCCUUGCAGAUACCUCAUUUUCUUUCUCAUACUUUGCUUAGUUAAUCCAUUAUCUCAUCUUGCAGUAGUCCAUAGGUACCUUUAAUUUGGAGAAGUCGUCCCAAAAUUACACUUUCAUGUUAUUUUGUUUUAUUUAGCAAAUAAUUGGUUGUAUUUGUAUCAUCAUAAUUGUAACAUUGUGUUAUAUCCUUGAUAUAUUUAAUUUGGUUUCUAUUCAAGAGUUCAGAUUGCCAAAUAAAUAGGCCAAAUUUUUUA